CAGUGGUCGUCGCCACUCUCCAAGCUUCAUCAUGCCACCGGAGGAUGACAAGAAGAAGAAACAUGCCGGAAAGUCGGCCAAAAAAGACAAUGACCCAGUAAAUAAGUCUGGUGGCAAGGCCACAAAGCAGAAGUGGUCCAAAGGCAGAGUUCGGGACAAGCUCGACAAUCUGAUCCUGUUUGACAAACUCUGUAAGGAGGUUCCCAACUACAAGCUCAUCACUCCAGCUGUGGUCUCCGAGAGACUGAAGAUUCACCGUUCUCUGGCCAGGGCAGCCCUUCAGGAGCUACUCAGCAAAGGACUUACCAAGCUGGUUUCAAAGCACAGAAACACAAAGAGUGGAGAUGCCCCGGCUGCUGGUGAAGAUGCAGGAGCAGGUUCAAUCAGCUGUACAUGUGGAAAAAUAAAACUUUAUUAAAUCAAAAAAA